AUGGCUUCGACCGAAGCGCCUCUGCGACCUCACGACCGGCAUGGCCGUCGUCGACCCUUCACCACCUGGAUGCGCCGGCUCGCGAACCUCAAGACUCUGCACACAGACACCAAUGACGAUGGCGCGGGUAGUGCUCCACGACGCUACGCAACCCUCCCCAUGAGCAUCAAGUCAAAGAAGGGGAAUAUUGCCAAAAACAAUCCGUAUCCCCUGUCCGGGCGUGUAGGUGAGCCUCACAGCCACAGUAACCACACAAACGGCCACCUCUCCUUCUCCACGCCUGUCACAACGUCCCAGAGAUCGAGGCACAGCUCUCUGUCGCAGUCGCACAGCAAACACUCGAUCUCCACCUCCCACGACAGUCAAACGAAUGGUAACAAGUCACGAGCUCCCACCUUAGCCACGCAAGCAGAGACGGCUCUCUCAGACGCCGCUCCUUCUGGGGCGGGAACGGGAGCCACGACGACUACGAGGACGGAUGGGGGAAGAGACAGCACAUUUUCAUCUCCGGCGCCCUCGGUCCGAUCUAUGGCCACGACGCUAACCACAGUGCAAUCCAUCCCCGUGCCAGCACAUAACAACCAGGCUCUGGGGCUCACGCACUCAUCGACUGCCGCAAGCAAUCCCACACAGUAUGUUGUCCAACCCGCCACUGCCGUGCCAGCACAUCUCGCGCCUCACGGCCACCCGACAACAUACCAUUCCGCAACUGCCAAUAACGUUUUGACCGACGACGCUUCGAUCCUCACCCUGGCAUCCUCAUCAAAACGACGCCGUCGAAAUUCCGUCGACACCAACGCCUCCAUGAAAGCCCUCGCCCCUGCUUCUAUGUUCGGGGGCAGUCGCGAGUCUCUCCCGCUCUCGGUCCUUUCGGGCACGGUCAUUCAUUCUAGCGGAGCAGGAGACACAGCCUCUCUCCGUGGCGAAAAUACAGGACAUUAUGCAAGGUCAAAUCUCAACGCGGAAAGAGCAAGUCUGAUAUCCGCAUCGGGUGUGACGGCUCCAGCGCUGGCGAGCGAACGGAACAGCUACAUCGGCAGUAAAUAUGGCGGAGAUGCGGCCAGUGUGAGGAGCGGCCUUCUAGGGGCGAGCGGUGGGCACGGAAGGAAUGACAGCUUGAGCGGGAGCAUUACAGGCGGGUACCGUGAAAAAGAGGCUCAGAAGGAGAAAGAGAAAGCAGUCAAAGAGGACGCCGAGAAGGAGGAUGAGACCGUAGGCACACCCGCCAUGGUUACAGCCCCUACGAGCCCGAUGGUUGAUGGACAUGGGCAUGCAGCGGCCGGAAGCACGUACAUGUCUCCAUCCGCUUUGGCCAAUGUGAGCGAGGCUUUGGACUUGCAGAAGGAGAAGAAAUAG